GGUGUACAGACUGCCUGGCAGCUGCUCUCGUUAUCUUCAUGCAGACAUACCGGGCACCCCUGGAGCACCAGACACCGCAGCACACGGGACUGAUCCAGUGAUGCAGGAGCAUCUGCCUAUACUGCCAGCCCAUGUCUGAUCGGGGUCGCCUAUAGCAGCCAGUGCCCGCAGCCUUUCAUAUGUAAAUACCCAUCCAGUACCCCCAGGUACCCUUCCAGCAAUCCCUCAGGGCGACAUCCACACCCUAUCGGAGGCGAGGCGCAGGCAGGGCAUCGCUAUGAAGCAGGCGCUCAUGGAGGUGAUGAGGAUGAACCGCAUCUGCAGGAUGGUGCUGGUCACUUGCUUAGGAUCUUUCGUCCUGGUCAUCUUUUAUUUCCAAAGUAUGUUGCACCCAGUUAUGCACAGAAAUUCAUUUGGAAUGGACAUCUGCUGUCGGAAGGGGUCACGAAGUCCACUCCAACAACUCUACAAUCCAACGCAGGUGGAUCUAUCCAGUAACGCCCUUUUGCACCAAAUGAGACGGGAUCAGGUUUCAGACAUUUGUCGGGCAAAUAAUAUAUCAAGCAGGAAACGACGUAUGUUGACUCCCAAUGACUUGAAACAUUUAGUGGUAGAUGAAUACCAUGAAAUGAUUUAUUGUUAUGUUCCAAAAGUGGCAUGUACAAAUUGGAAGAGAGUGAUGAUGGUCCUAACAGGAAGAGGUAAAUAUAGUGAUCCAAUGGAGAUUCCAGCCAAUGUAGCUCAUGUCUCAUCCAAUCUGAAGACCCUCAACCAGUACAGCAUUCCAGAGAUUAACCAUAGAUUGAAAAAUUUUAUGAAAUUCAUGUUUGUCCGUGAACCAUUUGAGAGGCUGGUUUCAGCCUACAGAAACAAAUUCACCCAGAAAUAUAACACCUCAUUCCACAAGCGCUAUGGAACCAAAAUAGUAAGACGGCAACGUAAAAAUGCUACCCAGGAAGCUCUUCAUAAUGGUAACGAUGUAAAGUUUGAGGAGUUUGUGGCUUAUCUUAUUGACCCGCACACCCAGAGAGAAGAACCAUUCAAUGAGCACUGGCAAACCAUGUUUUCUCUCUGCCAUCCUUGUCAUAUUCAUUAUGAUCUCAUAGGAAAAUAUGAAACCUUAGAAGAGGACUCUAACUAUGUUUUGCAGCUGGCAGGAGUGGGCAACUACUUAAAAUUUCCCACCUUUCCGAAGUCUACCAGAACUACUGAUGAAAUGACAGCCGAGUUUUUCCAGAACAUCAGCUCAGAGCACCAGACGCAACUGUAUGAAGUAUACAAACUUGAUUACUUAAUGUUCAACUACUCCACUCCAGCCUAUCUGAAACUAGAAUAAGAGGAUAUCUGUAUGUUACCGUGUGCAUUAAGGGACAUUUUGUAAAUGAAAGGAGGGGAGGGCCGGGGUGUUUCAUUUGUGCUGCAAGCGGUACAAGCAUAAUAAAUUAAUUUCUUCAUAAGCAAAGGCAACUUGAUGUGUAGGGUAAGAGAAAUGUAAACAAAUCUGAAGACACGCAAGCUACUAUGCUGUUCUCAAUUUCCAUGGCGCCUUCAUUCUGUAUGUAAAUUGUCUAUAAAUUAUUUAUAGUUAUUUAAACAAUGUCUUUUGGUCUGAUUAAGUCUACUGUGUGUCUAUAUAUAUA